AGCGCCGCCCGCGCUAGGGAACAGCUCGCGAUGGUUUGCUCCGUGGUGCUCGAACGCCUGCGUGACGACGCGACUGUUCACAGUGGAGGCAAACCAUAUGGCUGCGAACACUGUGACGAACAUUUUAUAAAUAAGUCUAUUUUAAGAGAACACAUACAAUGUACUCACUUAUCGUCUGGAUCCAAGGAAUUUAAUUGUGAUUUUUGUAGUUCUACAUUUCAAACUAAAUUGCUUGUAUUAGAGCAUGAAAAAAGUGAACAUGGUGUUACAAAUUGUGUCAUGUGUGCUGAAUGUGAGUAUUCAACAAGUUCCAAGAAGAGUUUGCGGAUCCAUAUAAAGAGUCACCAUAUCAAUGUUAACCUUAACCAAUCACACUUACAAAUACACCAGAUGAUACAUACUGGGGCGAAGCCAUUUCAAUGUAGCUACUGCGACUACAGGUUCAGGCUGAAAGGACGCUUGCUAGUACACCAGAGGACACACACCGGGGAGAAGCCUUUUCAGUGUAGUCACUGUGUUUACAAAUGCCGUCAAAAACACGACCUAAAAAGACACAUCAUGAUACACACUGGGGCGAAGCCAUUUCAAUGUAGCAACUGCGACUACAGGUGCAGGCAGAAAAUAAACCUGCGAAUACAUCAGAUGACACACACCGGGGAGAUCCCUUUUCAGUGUAGUCACUGCGAUUACAAAUGCAGUCGAAAAUCAAACAUAAAACUACACAUAAUGAAACACACUGGGGCGAAGCCAUUUCAAUGUAGCAACUGUGACUACAGGUGCAGGCGGAAAGGACAAUUGCUAGUGCACCACAGUACACACACCGGGGAGAAGCCUUUUCAGUGUAGUCACUGUGAUUACAAUUGCAGUCAAAAAUCAGCCCUAGUAAAACACAUGAUGAUACACACUGGGGCCAAGCCAUUUCAAUGUAGCAACUGCGACUACAGGUGCAGGCGUAAAGGAAACUUGUUAGUACACCAGAGGACACAUACCAGGGAAAAGCGUUUUCAGUGUAGUCACUGUGAUUACAAAUGCAGUCAAAAAUUCGACCUAAAAAGACACAUAAUGACACACGCUGGGGCCAAGCCAUUUCAAUGUAGCAACUGCGACUACAGUUGCAGGCAGAAAGGAGACUUGUUAGUACACCAGAGGGCACACACCGGGGAGAAGCCUUUUCAGUGUAGUCACUGUGAUUACAAAUGCAGUCAAAAAUCAGUCCUAAAUAGACACAUGAUGAUACACACUGGGGCGAAGCCAUUUCAAUGUAGCAACUGCGACUAUAGGUGCAGGCGGAAAGGAGAAUUACUAGUACACCAGAGAAUACACACAGGGGAGAAGCCUUUUCGGUGUAGUCACUGCGAUUACAAAUGCCGUGAUAAAUCAAGCCUACGAAGUCACCAGAAGACGCAUACUGGGACGAAGCCUAACAACGCAGCAAUAGCGAGUACAAGUACAGCCUGAAACAGCACCUGCAUAGAUACAUUU